AUGUUUCCCAAGAGAAGCGGCCUUGCAUUUAAGGUGCAAGAGGUUAGCAUAGAUAAAGAUGCUACAGAGGCCAAGCAAGAAGAGCCACCGGCUUUGCCCACUGGGGUUCAAGGACUGGGCAUGGGCUUGCCCGACCUCAGAAGCAAGAAGAAGGGAAAGCAAAAGGAUUCUAAGGAAUCCCAUGUUUCUGAGGCUCUUGACAAGCUCAGAGAACAGACGAGGGAGACUGUCAAGGGUCUUGAAUCGGUGAGUGGUGCGAAACCUGGUGGAGGAGAUGAUUUGGGAAAGGAUGCUAUGAUGGAGGAUUGGGUCAAGCAGUUUGAGGAGCUUGCUGGCUCUCAGGUUGGCAAGAGAAGUUGGUCUUGA